AUGGCUGGCCUUCUCUCACCGACGCUCGAAACCCAGUUUGCAGCCCUGACACUGGCACCCUCUGAAGUACACGCUACCAUCAAGGCCGCCGAAACGGAACGCUCUCAGAUUCAAGAAGCUCACGCCGCUCGCGAUGUCGUCGUCGCCAUGCUCGCCACCGUUACGCGCUCCGUUCAGGAGAAGGCAUCACAGAUCUCGCAGCUUCAAGACGAGAAGUCCCGCCUACAAGACGCUUUGACUUCACUCAAGGAUCACGGCGAUAACAACAAACUACGCCCCGCUGUCCCAUCACUACGACUUGCUGAACCUGCGAAGCUCUCACCAGUCGCCACCUCGUCGCUCAAGGCACCUGGCAUGAAUAGCCUCCUUACGCCGCCGAUCACACCGACCGAGUCUACCGACCGCAGGUCAUACGUGUCCGCUGUCCGUCCGGGCGAGGACUCGAUCAGUGGCCCACCGGCGUCUAUCGCUCUGAUGAAGGACGAAUGUGACUUGGACCCCGAUGCCACGAUCAAAGCCCGCCACGCCAUCCUUGCCUCUUUUCCUGUCCCAAACGGUAUCCCCGACGAGGAACUCAAGCCGAUCUGCCUACCCGCGCACAUAACUAUGCAGGACUUCUUGUCGGACUUGCCCACGGCCUUGAGUGCAUCCUUAUCGAACCACCGCAUUCUUCAGGAGACGACUACGCACUGGUGUCCUGAGGCCGAGGAGCAUGGAUACUACCUCUCACCCUUGUUCAAGUGCUCGACUAACAAUCGCGUUGCGACGGCGCAUAACUGGACCAGAUCCGAUGUCGUCGGCUCAUUGAGAAACCCCACUGAGUGCUUCUAUCUUCGCGGUGGUCAGUGGUACUACGCUGGAGCGUAUACUGCGGUCCGCCUCGCCGACCUGACGCCGCAAGAGUGGGAGCAUCUCUCGACCGAGAGCACUCAGGCCAUACUCAAGGAGACGCUCGCGGAACGCAAGAACGUCGCGCCACAACAUCUAUACGAGAUCGCACAACUCUACGCUGCCGGUGCUUUGCGCGUCGCGUGCGUUGGCUUGAAGUGCAUCGGCUUCAACACGUCCCUGUAUCACUCGUUGCUCGAGCAUGCCGCUCAGUCCGGAAGGACGAGCCGCCAGUGGACAAACCCUGCAUCGCGGGAGUCAUCUCUUAGACCUGAUACGCCUAUGAGCACGCUGAGCCCCACCGCUGCAUCAUUUGACUCGCCUCGCCUGUUCUCGUUAACCGGUCGCGGAGGAACGACGAACCUACACUCUGGGGGCGCCGCGUAG